GAACCGUCGAGAGCGUGAGCGAGCGUCGCCAUAUUGUUCGUGAGCGUAGUGCGAGUAGGUCGAUUUUUCCGUAGAGCUACCUGCGGACGGGCGCGCGCGUUACCGUCACAGGCGGAUGGUGUGAAUGGAAAUUGAAUUGAGUUGAGUGGCUGUUCUGUUGCUGCUGUGAAAACCAGCCGAUUUUGAAGUGGAAAACUUACCUACUGGUCUAGUCACACACACACCCCCCUUAUUGCUAGGUGGAGAGUGGAGCAAGUGUGGUGCAAGUGUGUGUGCGUGUGUGUAGUGGAAAGAAAAACGCGUUAUUUUCGGUUCCGCGAGGAGAAGAAUACUCGCCGUCGCAGCUAAAAAUCGUGAGUGAGUGAGAGCGGGCAGUGUGAAUUGUGAGCAAUAGCAAUAACAAAAAGUGCAAUUAAAGAAGAAGAAGCAGAGAAAAGGAAAAACAAAAUCACAGUGUGCGGAAAUUUUGUUUGAGAUUGCUCCCCCGGUGGCGUGAGAGAUAGUUGUGUCGCUCUGCGUGUGUGUGUGUGUGUGUGUGUGUGUGUGUGUGUAGUAGUAGUGUGUGCUGAGAGGAAGGCAUUUGAUUAGAGAAGCGAAGCAAAAAGUCAACAACACAAACGGGAGCCUGAAUGACGAUGUCGCUCCCGAUUAACUCGCUGUACAGCCUGACCUGGGGCGACUACGGCACCUCGCUGGUGUCCGCGGUCCAGCUGCUCCGGUGCCAUGGCGACCUGGUGGACGUCACACUGGCCGCCGGUGGCCGGAGCUUCCCCGCGCACAAGAUCGUCCUGUGUGCCGCCAGCCCGUUCCUGCUCGAUCUGCUGAAGAACACACCGUGCAAGCAUCCCGUCGUAAUGUUGGCCGGCGUCAACGCGAACGAUCUGGAGGCGCUGCUGGAGUUCGUGUACCGGGGCGAGGUCAGUGUGGACCAUUCGCAGCUGCCGUCGCUGCUGCAGGCCGCCCACUGUCUCAACAUCCAGGGCCUGGCGCCCCAGACGGUGUCGCACAAGGACGACAACACGACGUACACCACGUCGAUCCAGCUGCACCCGACGCUCGUGCCCCAGAACCACGUCAAGGCGGUGAUCGACGUGGGCAACAAUGUUUGCACGACGGAAGAACUGAUCACGACACUCGGACCCACCCAAACCGUGCAGGCGCAGGUAAUCGAAACCAUCACACCGGACCAGAUGUCGGACGAGGUGACGAAGGACGUGAUUAGCCAGUUUCUGCCGACCCGCAAGCGCAAGCAGCGCACCAAGAAAACGGCCAACCAGGGACAGGCGGGCGCUGCGGCGAACAGUGCCGGCGGCACCCAGGCAGCCAAGGUAAUGAAAACGACCGACGAAGACGGCACCACGAUUCAGGUGAUUGUGAACAACCCGGACGAAGCGACCCCGGCCACCCCGAAGGACAUCAAGAAGGAAACGAACGCGGACGGCACACCGGUAGACACGAAGGAAGGCAUCAUCAAAAUCAAGAGCAAAUCGCAAUCGGAACAACCGGCAACCUGCCCGAUCUGUCAGGCCGUAAUUAGACAGUCGCGAAACCUGCGUCGGCAUCUGGAGCUGAGACAUUUCAAGAAACCGGGCGUAAAGAAGGAGCGCGUACGGAAGAGCAAGAAAGGACAAGCUGCAAACGCAAACCAGGCAAACGGAGGCAACGGCACAAACCCAGGCAACGGUACGGUAGUCGCGGGCGAUCAGGUCGGACAGCAAGCGCAACAGGUCGUACAGCAGCAGGCCCAACAGCAGCAGGUACAGCAGCAGGGCCAGCAGCAGACAACGAUCGACUCGACCGGCACGAUAUCCGUCACCGUUUCCCAGGCCCAGGCACAGCAGAUCGAACAGGCAGCCGCCAACGGACAGCAGCACGUGGUCACGCAGCACGAAAACGCGGACGGCACCACCUCGCUCUCGAUCGCACAGGUACAAACGCUCGAUGGCCACCAGCUCGCAAUUGGAAAUCUCAAUCAGGAGGAAACGGGCGAGAUGGUGGAACAACAACAACAACAGCAGCAUCAGCAGCAGCAACAACAACAACAACAACACGGUUCCAACAACGGCGUUGUUGGACCGAUCGUGUUGCACGAGGAUGAUGUUGGUGGCGAUGGCGGUGUUGGUGGUGGUGGUGGUGGUUGUGGUGUUGGUAGUGGUGGUGUUGUAAACCACGUGGAAGAGGUCGAGGAGGAUGAUGAUGUGCGGGAGAUAGUGAUGGACGCGGGUUCGGUCGUGGCCGUCCGGCAAGCCGAUGAGAUGAUGGUAGGCGCAGGGGACGUCAGUGGCGACACGACGGACGGUGUGAUCAUCGACGCGACGACGGACGAUGAGGAGGAGCUGCUACUGCACCAUCAUCAUCAUCACCAUAGCCACCAUCAUCAUCAGCAGGUGUUGCAGCAUGCACUAGAGGUGGAUGAAGACGAUCAUCAUCAUCAUCAUCAGCAGCAGCAGCAUGUGGUGAACCAACAGCAACAGCACGACGAUCAUCAUCAUCAUCAUCAUCACGUGCAUCAUGUGGUGGAGGAGGAGGACGAUGUGGAGGAGCUCACCGGGGUGGUGGAGGAGCUGGAGGAGGAGGAAAUUGUACAGCAGUUCGAUGGGUCAACGGUGGUGACCGUUACGACGGCACGGGGUUCGCGAAGUGCGCACCAUCACGGCGGUGGUGGUGGCAUUAGCUUCGUGACGACCGAGCUGCCCCUGUCGUCGUCGUCCGGUCGUCGGCGGAUCGUUCGCCGCACGCUCGGCAACGUGCUGGAGGACGAUGUAGUGAUUGGCGACGCCGGCGACGGCAGCACGAUCGUGGAGGUGUCGGCUGGAGCUAGCACCAGCAAGCAAAGGCACGACGGUGGUGCAGCUAGUACUGCGGAAAGUAGUACGGGCGGUGGCACAGGUACCGCUGGUGAGGAUGGUAGUGCGGGAGCAGUAGAAGGAGAAGCGAUCGAAGGUGCUGUUGGCGGUGGUGGUGGUGGUGGCGGCGGUGGUGGAGAUCAUGCCGGUUUGCCAUCGUCCUACAAGCAUUUCUUUAUCCUCUAAAGGAGAGCACACGACAAGCACGCAAUGUCGAUGCUGGUGUGUUGAUGGUUGGAUGAGCAACGAGGGGUAGAGAUUGGUAGAGAUAGAAAGUGUGUUGGCAAUGUUUGUAUAGAUUUUAAUUAACUCCUCUCCGUUGUUUCGUUUCACGUCGCCCUUUUAAACGACCCGUUUAUUUUUACCUGUAUCUUGUUAGAAUUUUGCUAGGCAAUAGGUUUUACUUGUGCUGGGAAGAAGGUACCUCAAAACAACUCACUCACCCUUUUAGGGAGGGAAAAAGAGAGAGGAGGUAUAUAUGUUUAUUUUUUUACAUCGAUUAUUUCAUUCUUAAUUGAAGCGUUAGGUUUAAAGCACGCGCUGCUGAUGCGCCGCGUGUUAGAUUGUCGUCAUACGCGCGCGCACUGAACAGUGCAACAACCCCGUGCCGUGUCACAAUCUGCCGAGAUCGAGGAGCACAACCGUUUCAAGUUAAUGGUAGUACGGAUGAGAAAUUCGAAUUUCUAGCCACUGUUGUGUGUGCAGGGCGAAAAGUAACAACACUUCGUCAUAAGUAAGAGGAAAAGCAAACAUGUUACAUGUGUUGUUGGCGCGCGAUCACUUCAUAAUUUACCCUUUCGUCGGGUUUCGCGGUACAUUUUAGUCACACUUUUCCCCCUUUUUUGUUUUGAGGCGAAUAAUUUGCCCUUACAAACAAACAAACAGCAGCAACCAACCAAUAUUGUACAUAUAUAGAGAAGAAGUUGUAUGCCACAUCGACAUAUAAAAGGCAGAAGAAAAAGCAACAUAUUAACCCCCGAUUUUUAUGAUGGUGUAUAGAAAGUAACAAUCAGCAAUGCUAUAUAUUUCAAUGUGUAAAUCGGCAAUGCUGUACUGAGAGUAUAAAGGGCACCGUUUGGAGUUGGUGUAAAUGAGUUUUAGUAGCGCAAAACCAAGCGCGCUAACCUCCUCCCAGACCCUUAGACAAACCGGGCGCAUAUGGGCGCUGCGACGGCAUUUUUUUGGAGAUUAGAAUCAAAAGCGAAGAGAAGAGGUAGAGAGUAAAGAGAAAAUGCGGGGAAAUGCGGGUGGCAUAAGGGUAGUUGAAAUGUUGUAUGGUUUCAGUUUUCCAAUUCAAGGAAUUAUCAUUUUAAUUUAAUUUUUUGCUUAACUGUUUAGCUCAAAGUCAGUUCCGCAUUAAAUUAAAGGGCAAAUUAAAGAUAAGGAAAAACCAGUUUUGUCUACUCUAAAUCAUAGUCUUUCUGCAUACGAUUUUGAUAAUGAGAUAGAAAGCGAAAGAGACGUAGAAAGAUAAAAACAAACUUUUGCAAUUCGUUAUUCGAUAUUCUCGAUGUCAGAAAUGGUGUCCAACGAUGACUCUUUUAAUGUAGCAAAAUAUCAUACCAACGAUCUUGCUCUCUACCAUUAUGGAAGAGGGAUCGUUAUUACGUGCAACAAAAGUAAUAUGGGGAAAAUCAAGCCAAUCCAAUGUUAGUAAAAUAAAUUCGACUUAUUGUGCAUGAGUUCGUGAUUUCGUACCCGUACUACACCACCACAAACACUUUUAUAAAAAAGGAACAAUUUAAAAGUCAUUCGAACACAGUACGAUCAUGCCGAACACGAUCGGCGGGUAAUGUGUAGGAUCCGUUGUACCUUUUACAGGGUUUUCCGACAUUCAAUUUAGAAUGUCAAUAACAUUUUUCAUUGCUUGCUAGAUGCUUUUCAACAGCUGUCAAAUGUUGUAUUUUCAUCACAAUAAUUUAGUGGGAUUCUUCUAAGUAACUUUCGAAUGUGCACAUAAUUAUUCACCGCCUUCAAGAUGUUUUCUAAAUGGAUGUCAAAUGGUGUAUGUGUAUCAUAAUAAAAAUUCAGUUCUUACACAUGAUUUUCAACACUUCACAAAUAUCUGUCAAAUUCAAUGCAGUUUGAGACGUGUUAAACAUUAUGUGGACGAACUGAAACAUUAUUGUGAUGCAAUUAUAACACUUGACAGCUGUUGAAAAACAUCUUGAAGGCGGUGAAUAAUGAUGUCCACAUAGAAACCCUUUAUCAAUUCUUCCAUAUGAUGUUCAACACGUCUCAAACUGGAUUGAGUUUGACAGUUCUUUGUGAAGUGUUGAAAAUCAUGUGUAUGAAAUGAAACUUUAUUAUGAUGCAAAUACAAUGUAUGACAGCUGUUGAAAAUCAUCGUACAGGUGGUGCACAUUCGAAUCUGACUUGGAAUCUGACCCUGUACUUUGCAUCGUUCAACAGUGUGUGUAGUAGUGUUUUGCAGGGUAAAUUUGUGUAGCAAGCCCUUGACAGUACGUGUCAACGUACUGUGUUUGAACGUACAUAACGUGUUUGAGUUCGCUUUAAGUGCAUUUUCUCCUCCUUACUCUUUAGCUGGACACGUUUGUUCCAUCUCUUCUCUUGCUCUAUUUUUUUCAAUCGAUCGAUUUCAACGACCUAAAACGAAUAGCCCUCGGCCAUACAUCUGCAUCUGUUUUUGUUUUAUUUCUUAAAAAAAGGUAGCUUAACGUGUUUCCCGUGUUUUUAACAAAAAAUAAUCUAUUCUGCAAUAAAAUCGAGCUGUUGUUAUUUCCGGCACGAUAUACACACACAUUAAUGGUGUGCCGUUAUUUAAGUAAUCGUAUCCCCGCAUUUCAUGCCCUUUUUGCUCUUGUGUGUACAGAUUGGUCACCGCGGAAUAGUUGAAUGUAUGUUUGAAAAAAAAAGAAGGUUAAAAACGAUAGCAAAAAUGCUUUUUUUUUUUAACGUGUUCGGUUUUUGUUUGUUUUGGUGCCGAAGAAUGUUCAUACAUCGAGACACAACAUAAUUAGAGAAAAAUUGCACAUAUUACAUAUGACGAUGCUAAGAAAGUGUGGAAGAGACAUAGGGUCGUGUAUUGUGUUUGCUAGGAAAUACAAGUAAACUUGGAACUGAACGAGCAAACUGUAAAAAAAUGCGGCUGCGAAACAGAUGAUUUAAUUUAUUAUUUCACCAUCGUUUAGGGUUUUGCGUGUUACAUCAGGUAGUGAAGCCUCUUGUGCAAAAAGGCACUACAACCGCAAGUAGGGAGAGAGAGAGAGAGAGAGGAAAGGGAAAGAAUAGAUGAUUUGGAAACAAGGCAAAGCAAAGAACGGUAAUAAAAAAUCUUUAAAAGUGAAUUAGUGUCUCUUAAAGAACGCAGCUCUAUACAUAUAAUUAAACUACUAUUAUGCGUAGAACAAAAAAGCUGGAAAAAAAACUUGAAACAGAAUCAAGUUGGUACUCUAAAUUAACGAAGACAAAGCAAAAAGGGUGUAACGCGUAAGAAACAGAGAAAAAAAAACACCCACACACACACAACACGGAAGGGCCAGAGCCAGAGCAGAAUUAAACGAAUAGUAGCUAUUAUAUAUCUAUGUUUGGUGUCAUUUUAUCGCGUUUAUACAACAAAGCCCAUUGUAAUAGUAAUAAUGAACCCCCCACCCCCUCCCCCUCAUCCAUCCUUCCCUCUCCCCCAACCCGUUCACUCUCUCACCAACAACCAAACUACAUUCACGCAACAAGCAAAGGAAUGUUGUGAACCAUCUUCAUUAUUAUUAUUAUGAUACACUUAACGUAAAAAAACGUGAAGAAAAAUUAUGAAACAUGUGAGUGAAACGUGAGUGUGUGUUUUGUCCAAAAUUUUACAAUUAGACGAAAAAAAAAGAAGCUAACCAAAAUAAGAACGAAUACGAAGCAGAAGCAGCAGCAGCAGCAGCAGCAGAGUACAACUUUAGCGAAUAAUGAGCUGAGCAUCCAGGGGUAAUAAAGCAUGGCCAAUAAAAUAAGAAUGAAAAAUUAAAGGUACGAGAUAGCUCUCCCCUUAUGCCCCCUCCUCCCACUCCCACCAAGACUCCCCCACACUGAGCGGUGGAAAUGAAUUGCGACAAGUUUUAGUGGUUAGUAACGGUGAAUGUGCAAUGGUGAAGCAAAUGGUAAAUGACACUAAAUUGUUGGUAUUUUUUUGGAUCCACUAACCUCUCAAGAGCAAAGCAAAAUGAUGUAACAUGUUCCAUCGAUUUUACAGUGAAACAAAAAAAAAACAAACAAACACUCAUCUCUAUUUCCUCUCAGCGCCAAAAGAAAGCGAUACAAUAUAAGUUAAACACAGAACAGAAAUAGAACCUCUCUAAAGAACAAAACAAAAAUGGUCGCACACAAUAGUGAACAAAGAAAAGAAUAUAAAUAAACGUGUAAAGAAACACUUACUUCGUGUAACAGACACACAAGCUUUUAAUCAUGAUAAAGCUGUAUAAAGCAACAAACUCGUAAAUGUAAACGUUUUCUUUCAUAACUCAUCGAGGCACUUAACGUUUUAAAAAGGAAGAGCAAAUGAAGCAAAACAAAAGUAUCAAACAUAAGGUUGAGGGCGAAGCAGGGGACCGUGUUUUGGACAAAUCAUGUACACACAGCACAACUUCAUUGUUCCACAUAACCACAUAAUGAAGAGAGGGGGGUUGCCAUUUUGGAUGGAUACGCCGCUGUAAAAUACAAAACCCUAGCAACAAAGCACACAAGAAUAUAAAUAUGAACAAACAGAGAGAGAGAGAGAGAGAGAAAACAAAAACCAUUGAUAAAGCUUAUUCCACUUAUUCGAUUUCAAAAAAAUAGAAGAAAAAGAACGAAAACAAUUGUUUCCUUUUUAGAUUAACAAAACAAAAAACAAGAACAAGAAACUAAUCACCAAACUCUAUUAUUGAUUGUGUAAAGAAUUGUGGGGCGAAGCGAACGAUUCCUAGUGAAAAUUUCAACCAAAAGUUUAAAUAUAAAAUAAUAAAAAAUCGGGUAAAUAAUGCAAAAGAAUGAUAAACAAAACGGGGUAGAUAAAUUUCACAUGAUGCGCGCACUCCUUUCUGAAUAUAAACACGACACGAAAGGGGGAGGAAAAUAUGUGAACAAAAAAUGGAAAAUCUUACUGCAAUCCAUAACACAUUUACUACAAAUUAAAUUAAAAAAAAACAAAGAAAACACUACAGAAUUAUAUCUAAUAAUGAUUGAAAUUAAAGAAUCCUAAAUUAUGAAACAAAAUCUUAAGUAAGCUAAAUUGAAACAGAGAACAAAUGGUGACGAGAAGUGUCGAAAAGAGAAGAGAGGAGAAGAGAGAGAAGACAAAGCACAGACAGAACAACAGCAAAACAAACACCGCGAAACGCGAGAACUGAAUUGCUCAGCGUUGAGUGUGGUUUGUGUGUGUGUCAUGUGUGUGUGGUUGGCGCAAACAACGAGCAUGGUAAACCAUUAUAGAUGUGUGUGUAAAUAAAGAGAAUAAUGAUGAAUAAAAACAAACAAACUA